AUGCCCAAGUUCUUCUGCGAUUAUUGCGAUGUCUACCUCACGCACGAUUCCAUGAGCGUGCGCAAGGCUCAUAACAGUGGCCGAAACCACUUACGAAACGUAGUUGACUAUUACCAACAAAUCGGUCACGAAAAGGCUCAAUCCGUCAUCGACUCCAUCACCUCUUCUUAUGCUGCUGAAGGCCAAGCACAUGCAAAUCCUAUGCUUCCUCAAAAUCAACCUGGACAGGGCUUUCUUCCCCCUCCCUUCGCAUUCCCAGGUGGUAUCCCUCCUCCGCCUUUCCCGGGGAUGCCAGGUGCGCCUCCUGGACAAUUCCCCCAAGGACUGCCUCCCCCUCCUGGCGGUGGUCGAGGCAUGCCCCCCAUGCCCCCAUUCCCUGGGCCCAAUGGCAUGCCCGUACCUCCUAACGGUCUUCCAUUCCCUCCUCCUCCAGGCGGCUUCCCGUUCCCUCCUCCGAGCGCUCCAGGAGGACCUGGUGCUUCCGGCGGUGCCCCUCCUCCUUUUCCUGGCAUGCCUGGCAUGCCUCCGCCUGGCCAAGGAUUUCCACCACACGGAUUUGCUCCCCCCGGACCCGGAGCUCCCGGACAUGAGAAGCGAUGA